AUGCCCUUGACCGCUCUCUUCGUCAUUUGUAGCUGCUGCCUCCACGGCUCACUUUUCCCACCUCUGUUUCCUCCGCAGGCGUGUGUCCAGCAGAAGCGGCGCCAGUUGCGCAAGGCCACGGAAGAGUUGAACGGGCUUUGCGUCCUGCUCUCAAAUGAUUUUCAGGAGAAGGCGUUCAUCAACCUCACCGACAUUAUCGAGACCAAGUUAAACCAGAGCAGCCUGCAGCGGAACAAAAGGAGCUAUAACAGUGACAGGAGCCAUCAUGCUGGCACCGACGCCUCAAGUUCUGCAGGCCAUGCUGGGGGUUUUGCUGGUGUGACCCCCAGCACUUGUCAGGACCCACAUGCUCACUCGUGUAGAGAUCGUACAGAUGGAGGCUUGGAGUUUGGGCACAAAAUCUUUAACACCAACAAUAACAACAAUUAUAUGGAAGAGGAAGAUGAAUCUGACCUGCGGACCGAAAUUGCUAUUAUUUUGGAUGGGUCUGGGAGCAUUGAGCCUGAGGACUUCGAACGAGCCAAGGAUUUCAUCUAUAACAUUCUGAAGAGAUUCUACGCAAAGUGUUUUGCGUGUGUCUUUGCUUUGGUCCAGUAUGGAUCUAUCAUCCGGACAGAAUUUGACCUGCGAGAUGGCCAGGAUCCCAACACAGCCCUGGCAAAAGUUCAGGCAGUGACCCAAGUGCGGAAUGUGACCCGGACAGCAUCUGCCAUCCAACAUGUCCUAGAUUCCAUCUUCCAUGAAAGCGGUGGGUCCCAGAAAAAUGCUGCCAAGAUCAUAGUUGUGUUGACAGAUGGGGAAAUUUUCUUGGACCCUUUGAACUUAACCACGGUGAUUAAUUCAAAGAGAAUGGCGGGAAUUGACCGCUAUGCCAUUGGGGUUGGAAAUGCAUUCAACAAAACGAAAGCCCUUAACGAGCUGCGCCUGAUUGCUUCCGAUCCAGACGAAACUCACCUUUUCCAAGUGACCAACUAUUCAGCCUUAAACGCCCUGCUGUCCACUUUGCAACAGAAGCUCAUUGGCAUCGAAGGUACGUCUGGAGAUGUCUUGGAAUUUGAGCUAGCCCAAAGUGGCUUCAGCGCUUACCUCCUGGAUGAGCAUUAUAUACUGUUUGGCACCGUUGGAGCCUUUGACUGGUCUGGAGGGAUUCUUCUCUAUGAAAUUGCCAGCAAGACAGCAGUUUUCGUGAAUGAAUCAAAAGAGGCAGCAGGUGGAAGGAACAGCUAUUUAGGGUACAGCGUGGUUGCUGUGAGCACAAGGCAGGGGACCUUAAUUGUGGCUGGGGCACCCCGGCACAGCAUGACUGGAAGAGUGAUGGUGUUUGAAGGAGCGAUGCUCAAACAAACACUACACGGAGAACAGAUUGGUUCUUACUUCGGUGCUGAACUCUGCCCACUGGACAUCGACCAGGAUGGGGUGACAGAUUAUCUGCUAGUUGGAGCCCCGUUUUUUCAUGUCCAUGGGGAAGAAGGAAAAGUUUACAUUUAUCGCUUUGAUAAUGAGGGCAACCCCUUUGCGAUGGAGGGGCACUUAAGUGGACAGCCAGCCUUGGCUUUUGCUAGCUUUGGCUUUGCCAUGGCCAGCAUUGGAGACGUGGACCUGGAUGGCUAUGGGGAUGUUGCAAUUGGCGCACCCCUAGAGAAUCAUGAAGCAGACCCCAGCUGCUUUGGCAGCAUUUACAUCUACAAUGGCAAGAAGGAUGGGAUCCAGCAUUCCUUCUCCCAGAGGAUAACUGCGGCUCAGAUAAGUCCAGGCCUCAUGCAUUUCGGAAGGUCUGUGGCUGGAGGUCUGGACUUCACGGAAGAUGGUCUCCCAGACAUCACUGUGGGAUCGCUGGGCAGAGUCACCUUGCUUCGCUCCAGACCUGUUCUUCGAUUGGAUCCCACACUACAAUUUACCCCAGAGAGAAUAUCCGAUUUCCACAACAGCACUAGCAUUGUUGCAAAACUAUGCUUCCGCAGGACUUUCCCUCUAGGGACAGAAAGACCAGGGAUGCAGAAUGUAAUCAUUCACUUCACCGUGGAUUUGGAUGCUGCAAUGGAAAAGAAGAGAGUGCAGUUUGAGGACCAUAUGACCACGCUCAGUAGCGCGAUCUCCCUCGCUGAACAUUCGUGCGCUGAACUGCAGCUGUAUGUUCUGCCAUGUAACAGUAACUGCUUCUCUGGUGUUGCCGUCAGACUCAGCUACUGGCUUAACAGCUCCAGUGAACACCUGGACGAUCCCAGGCCUACCCUAGAUAUAUAUCGCGAAUCCGAGGUGUAUUUCCAGUUGCCGUAUAAGGAUGGCUGUGAUAACAAGACCGUCUGCGCUCCACAUUUGACCUUGACUGUUCAAGCAGAGAAGGAGCUGGUGGUUGGCGCCACCAAAGAACUGACCAUGAGCCUCCACCUGGCAAACACCGGCGACAAUUCCUACAUGACAUCUCUGCUUUUGGAAUACCCAGCAAACCUGAUCUUUAAGAAGGUCCAAGAGCUUUCUUCUCUGAUUGACUGUGAUACCCCUCAGCCAGCCAAGCCUCAGUUCUCCUCCCUGAACUGCAAGAUUGGACAUCCUGUUUUUAAGACCACAGCAAAUUUUUCCGUGACCUGGCAAUUAGAAGAAAGGAAGUUCCCCAGCGAUUCUCCGAGCAUCACUGUUCACCUCAGCAACACCAACCAAAACAGCACGGCCCUGAUAGAAGAACAUUUCCUCAACGUGAAAUACGCUUUCACCAGCUUCCUCAGCAGGCCAGAUCCUUUCCUAUACGUGAACGUGGAUGAAAGAUCCUCGCGGAUCAUCAGCUUGGAAUUUAAUAUAAACGGACAAAACCCAUAUAGGGCACCGCUUGAGCUGCAGGUCGGGGUCCCAGCCCUCAUAGCCAACCUCCAGGUCAUCUCUGUGAAGAAUGCAACAGGGACACAGAAUACCACAAUAUGCAGAACUGCAAGUGACUUCAUCAGGAAGGAUUUGGGACACGUCAGCUUAGAGAACAGCGAGACAAUCCAAUACCAGCUUGUGAACUGUGUUAUCAAGUCAGAGAGAGAGAAUGUCAUUGUGACUGCAGAGCUGCCUUUAGCCAAUUCCCUGCAGAUCUUUAAAAACAGAACUAGCUUGCUGGUUACCGGGGAGAUAAUUUUCAACAGAGACCUUUACGUGGGCUUGAGUGAAAGUCAUCACAAAACACAGAUCAUUGUUUUCUUGCUGAAAGAGCGAGAUUUUGACUAUCUUCCUGUUCUCAUUGGAAGCUCUGUAGUUGGGAUUUUGCUCUUAGCUCUGAUUGUUGCUCUCCUUUAUAAGGGUGGCUUCUUCAAAAGGAAUUACAAAAAUAUGUUGGAAGAGCAGCGCAAUUCCUUAAUGGAGCAAGAUUCCAGUUGUGGAUGAAAUCCUCCGGGGACUCCUUCCGGCUGCGUAGAAAGAAACAAGAGAAAAUCAAGCUCCAGUUUCUUAUUUUAUCUCCCCACCCCAUAAGCUGAGAAGGGCUCCAGUCUGAGGGCCAAGUGACGAAUGACACUUGCCUGGCAAGUGAACAGA